GGGGCUGCGCGCGCACAUCCCCUCUGCUUUCAGUUCAGGGAGGGAGGUCACGUCAAAAUAAAAACAGUACCUUUGAAUCUUUGACUUCUCUUUCUGCUGCUUCAGUGGGGACUGGCUGGAGUCUCGAAGUGACGACCUACCCAUACGGCACAUCAAGCGAUUGUGUUCAUCAUAUUUAUACACCGUGCAGUUUGCUCGUUUAAUUAUGUGCGAUCGCAGCCAAGAUGACCAUUUGGAAACCGACCAGCAGGCGGAUUAUUCCCUGAUGAACAAUCGCCUGAACUCCUUCUGCGGCUCCAGCCUGGCUCGGCAGGUCCCAGCAGAACGGCUGGCCCGGGCUGGCUUCUACUUCACCGGCGAUGGCGACAAAGUCCGCUGUUUCAGUUGCCAGAAGACUGUAGAAAACUGGUACACCGGAGAUACACCUGUAGAAAGGCACAAACUGGUUUCCCCAUCGUGCACGUUUCUCAGCUGCGCCCACCCCACAAAUUGUAACACAAGUUGUCACUCAUCUCUAACUAAUGUUUCCAUCUACAAUGAAGCUGCAGAAGAUAUGGAAUAUCAAUUGAGAACAGGAGCAGUGGUUGAUCAGACCCCAUACCCUAUGACACCAAACAUGGCCAGUGAAGAAACUCGCUACAGUACCUUCUCCUCAUGGCCCCCUAAUUCCCCCGUGAGGCCACGAGAUCUGGCCCAAGCUGGCCUCUACUACUUGGGGCAGAGGGACCAGGUGCAGUGUUUCUGCUGUGGAGGCAGGCUCAAUGGCUGGGAAGCUGGGGAUAACGCCUGGGAAGAACAUAACAAACAUUUUCCCAACUGCUACUUCAUUCUUGGGCACGACGUCGGCAACGUACCACUGCAGGGGAAUCCAGAGGAGGAUGCGGUAGAAAGCAGCAGCAGUCAGUCCAGUCAGCCUAGAAGUGUCCAGAUGGGGAGUUUUGAGGAGAGGCUGAGUAGCUUUGCAAAUGUUCAUCACCCUGUUGACCACGAGAGGCUUGCCAGAGCUGGAUUCUACAGCAUAGGUACAGGAGACGGGGUGUCAUGCUUUCGCUGUGGUGGAGGUUUGAAAAGUUGGCAGCCUGAGGAAGAUCCUUGGGAAGAGCAUGCCAAACACUACCCAGGAUGCAGCUUUCUGUUGGCAGAAAAAGGCCAUGAAUUUGUCAACAGUAUCCAGCUACAAAGACCACAACAAAACAGUGCGACUCCACAACAGAAUGGAUUUUCAAGUGAUAGAAAUGGUAUACUGCAGUCACCGUUGGCUCUGAAAGCUAUAGAAAUGGGGUUUGAGAGCAGUAUAGUGGAGAAGACUAUCUUGGAGAAAAUCAGCAGCACAGGUUCAGGCUACUCUAGUGUGGAAGCGCUUGUGGAGGCCUGCUUUCACAACGCAGGGGAGAGCAUCUCCACCAGCACAGAAGAAAAAAAUGAGGAUCCACUGGAGAAACUACGGAAACUGCAGAUGGAAAAGCUGUGCAAAAUAUGUAUGGACAGAGAUAUCUCCAUUGUCUUCAUACCGUGCGGUCACCUGGUCAGUUGCAAGAAAUGUUCAGAGUCGCUCGUUAAAUGUCCGAUCUGCUGCGGAGCCAUACUUCAGAAGAUAAAGACCUAUAAUGCUUGAAAGAACCACAUACGGCGGCUUUUUGAUUUUGUAAUUCAAUGUUAAAUGUAAAAUACAUGACAGGUAAUAUAUUUUAAGGACUGUGUUAUAUGUAUAUUCAGAAUAAAAAGUAUAUUCUGUCACAAUAAUCAAAUAUUUUUUUGCUGUUUUUAAGAUGGUAAUAAGCUGUUAUAAAGAUCAUUUUAAAAGUAGCUGAAGUACCUAGUUCAUGAGAACAGACAGAUACUACACUCUAGAUGGCACCUCCCAUUUUGUAAUACACUUCUACGCCUCUGGUGCCUUUCUUUAGGUUUAUGCACUAAUGACUAAUUUAUCAUGUUUUAGUUUCAGUAAACAAAUGAUAUCCCUCAGGAUUUUUCCAUUGUACUCCUUUCAAGUACAUGUUUGUUGGUAUUUUGUGUUUCGACCUUGUGUUAUUACUCUGAAUAAUUUGCUGCUGUGUAUGGGCCAAUCUGUGUAAAGGUCAAUGUGUAAAUAUUUUCUAAUUUAUCUAUUCCUAUGUAGAGCCUGCAGUUAAUCAGUGGUGUGAUAUUAUUUUACAAUUCGACCCUCUAAUCUUUUAUCAUCAAAAGUAAAUCAAAAUAAUACAAUUUCCGUUCAAAUUCUUCUUGUGCCACAGUACAACUACUUUUAUCCUGCUGCACUGUAAUCUAGUUAUCGUGCUCAUAUGGAAAGCAAUUGACUGAGUUUCCAAAAAGAGAAUAAUACAUUGUUUUUUUUGUAUAAAGAUGUACCUCCUUUUUAAUCCUGGGAUUAUGUGUGUUUGUGUAAAAACAUAAUAAAGAUCUUCUAAUCACA